GUGGCCAGCGGCGGGGCGCGGGAGGCGGCGGCGGCGGCACCGGGGCCGCACCGGACCCGAACCGGGGCCGGGCCCGAACCGGGGCCGGGCCGCUCGGAACCAGGGUCGCUGCGGGCCCCGGGGGUGGCUCCGAUACCUGCGGGUACCGUGAGACCACCCGGGCGGCACGGCUGAGGUGCCUGCGGGGGCUCCGCUGCCGGUUACCGUGCCCGGGGCCUGCACCGGCGGGCCCGGAGCCGAGCCCUCCGUGAGGGGAGGUAACGGCCCGGUAAGGAGGCGGCGAUGGCGGGCUCCGUGCACAGCCUGAGCGGCCUGCAGAAAACCGCCCUGCUCCUGGGCGUCCCGGCCGCCGCCACCGUGCUCUACAUCCUGUACCGGCGCUACCGGGAGAGCCGAGAGGCGCAGGUGACCUUGGUGGCAGAUGAGGGGCUGGAGGUGGCGGUGAGGGUUCCCCGCACGGCGCUGAAAUCGCUGAUCGGCCGCCGAGGAGCCACCAUCAACCAGCUGAGGCAGGAGACGGGAGCCCAGAUCGAUGUGGAGGAGGAGGAGGAGGAGGAAGGGGGCCAGUCCCUGGUGCAGAUCUCGGGCUCCCCGGGCCAGGUGUGCCGGGCCAGGGCGGCCGUGCUGCGAAUCGUGGCCGACAGCGCGCCCGUGGCCGAGCAGCUGCGCGUGCCCCAGCACGCCGUGGGCAGGAUCAUCGGCCGUGGUGGGGAGACGGUGCGGGGGAUCUGCCGGAGCUCGGGGGCUCGCGUGGAGUGUGGCCAGGAGCCCGGGGCCAGCCUGGCCCCGCUGCGCUGCAUCCGCCUGCUGGGCACCCGCAAGGAGGUGGAGGUGGCCAAGAGGCUGAUCCUGGAGAAGCUGUCGGAGGAGCAGGCGUUCCGCUCGGAGCUGGCGCAGGCGGCGGCCGCUCGCUGCCCGCGGAAGCAGCCCCUGGGCAGCCGCCGGGAGCCACCGGGGCCACUCCCGGCUGUUCCCACCGGCCCCGGGGGCUGCCAGGAGCACUGGGACACCGAGAGGGCAACGGAGACACCGGGCUGGGGCACGGAAACACCGAACCGGGGCAUGGAAACACUGGGCCAGGGCAUGGAGACACCGAGCCAGGGCACGGAAACACCGAACCGGGGCACGGAGACACCGAGCCAGGGCCUGGAAACACCAAGCCAGGGCACGGAGACACCGAGCCGGGGCACGGAGACACCGAACCAGGGCAUGGAGACACCGAGCCAGGGCCUGGAAACACCGAGCCAGGGCACGGAAACACCAAACCAGGCCCUGAAAACACCGAACCAGGGCACGGAGACACCGAGCCAGGGCACGGAGACACCGGGCCAGGGCACUGGGACACCGAACCGGGGCAUGGAGACACCGAGCCAGGGCCCGGAGCCAGGCACGGAGCCCCAGGAGCCUCCCGUGCCCAAGUUUGAGGUGCCCAGCCCAGAUUUCAGUUUCGCGGCGGAUGAACACCUGCACGUUUACGUGUCGGCUGCCGAGAGCCCCGGGCACUUCUGGAUCCAACUGCUGGGGACGCGCAGCCUGCAGCUGGACAAACUGACAGCCGAGAUGGGGCACUUCUACCAGAGCAGCCCCGCCGUGCCACCCCCGUCCGUGCACCCCGGUGACAUCGUGGCCGCUCCGUACCUGGAGGAUGGCGAGUGGUACCGGGCGCGUGUCCUGGGGACGCUGGACAACGGCCACCUGGACCUGUACUACGUGGACUUUGGGGACAACGGCGAGGCUCCCCCCGAGGCUCUGCGGGCCCUCAGGAGCGACUUCCUGAGCCUGCCCUUCCAGGCCAUCGAGUGCAGCCUGGCCGGGAUUGUCCCCAACGGUGACACGUGGCAGGAGGCGGCUCUGGACGAGUUUGACCGCCUCACUCACUGUGCGCAGUGGACGCCGCUGGUGGCGCGGAUCUGCAGCUACGGCCAGAGCGGGCUGGGAACACGGCCCAGCGUGCGGCUGUUCACCGAGCACCACGGACAGAGCCUGGAUGUGGGAGCAGAGCUGGUGCGUUUGGGUUACGCCGUUCCCGGUCCCGCCGAGGAGCCCUCGGACGAUCUGGGCUGCGCCUCCCCCCCGAGCCCCGGGGCCGCUCCCGGUGCCCCCGUCCCCCCGCAGCCCCCCCGGUGAGCCCGGGGCGCUCCGGUGACGCCGGUGCCGUUCCCUGCCCCGGGAGACCGGAGCCGGGACCCCCGGACCCCUCCCCGGUGCCACCACCGUGCCCGGUGACAUCCCCACGGCCACCCGAAGCUGCCGGUGCCCGGUGCCACCGGCACGGUGACCGGGAGCUGCUCCCGGUGCCACCCCAUGGAUGUGACCGGGAGCCGUUCCCGGUGCCCCCACCACGUGCAGUCCCCUCUCCGGUGCCCUCCGGGAGGCGGCACCGACGAACCGCGGGGAUCUCCGCUUGUGCCUCUUGUCAGGACGCGACACGCCGGUUCCGAGCGCCGGCGGUGCCCUUUCCGUUACCGGGAGCUCCCGGUUCCCUCGCCUUGUUCGGCUGUUCCGUUGCACUGUUUGUGGUUCUGAGUUAAUAAAGUUGGAGGU